UAUCCGUUCUUAGCACGUCCAGGCUUUGGCCCAGGCGAACAAGACUGGGACCAUGUUGAGGUGAGGAAGGGUGCCCAUCUCUUCUAUUGGCUCUACUACACGACAGCAAAUGUGAGUUCAUUUGAAGAGCGACCGCUGGUCAUCUGGUUGCAAGGCGGACCCGGUGUUGCCUCCACAGGCAGCGGCUGCUUCGAGCAGCUGGGACCCUUCGACAUUGAGGGGCAACCACGUGCCAGCAAUUGGGUUCAGCACAUGAAUGUGCUCUUCAUCGACAGUCCAGUCGGCACUGGUUUUAGCUAUGUGGAAUCCUUUGGCGAAUAUGCUUUGAACAACAAGCAAAUUGCCCUCGAUCUUGUCUCACUAAUGACGGAUUUUCUGCGCUCACAUCCCGAGUUCCAACGUGUCCCAUUGCACAUCUUCUCUGAGAGCUAUGGCGGCAAAAUGGCACCGGAAUUUGCAUUGGAAUUGUAUCGGGCUCAGCAACGGGGCGAGGUGCAGUGUCAACUCAAGUCUGUGGUGGUGGGCAAUCCCUUUACCUCGCCUGUGGACACCAUUUUAUCCUAUGCCCCAUUCCUGUUGCAACAGGGCAUCGUGGACAACGAUGGCUUUAAGAACAUAUCGCAAGCUGCGUUAGAGUUGUCGCGAUUAAUAUAUACCGGCGAAAUGCUGAAGACCGUCAGACAGAAUGUAGAACUUCAGCAGUUAAUCGGUGAAACCACUGUGGGCAUCUUUUCCUCUUACAUCCAGAGACGGACUCAUGUGGAUUAUGUCUAUGAGUAUGGAGGAGAUCAAAAGGUGUGUGACUUUAUGCUGAAUAAUGUGACGAAGUCGCUGAAUCUCACACACAUGCCUGAAUGGGUAGUACGGAAUCUGUCGGUCUACUUCCAUCUCGGCAGCGAUCUCUUUAAGCCUGCCGUUCACAUAGUCACUCGUCUGCUGGACGAGACGCCAAUCCGUGUGGGCGUCUACUCGGGCAUCCAGGACUUGGUCUGUCCCACUCCUGGCACCGUCAACUGGAUCAAUAGCAUGAUGUGGGGCCGCAAGAAAUUGUAUGAGGAUGCCACUCGCCGACCUUUCCAUGUCAAUGGCUUUCUUGAGGGCUACGAGAAGCAGGGCGGAAACUUUAGCAUGUUUUGGGUCCUUCGCGCAGGACAUAUGGUGCAGCAGGAUAAUCCCGCGGCCAUGUCUCACAUUCUGCGAGAGUUUAUCGACUAUGGUUGA